AUGGCAUCCGCCGUCCACUACGACGCCAUCAUCGUCGGCUCGGGCCAGUCGGGCACGCCGCUGGCCUCUGCCUUUGCCGCUGUCGGCCGCAAAACGGCCAUUGUCGAGCGCAGCGCCAUCGGCGGCACCUGCGUCAAUGUGGGCUGCACGCCGACCAAGACGCUGGUCGCCUCGGGCCGCGUGGCGCACCUCGCUGGCCGCGCUGCCGACUACGGUGUCGGACCGAGAAACAAGACGCCCGCCGAACUGAGCGUCGACAUGGUCAAAGUGCGCCAGCGCGGGCGCGACAUUGUGGCCUCCUUCCGCGGCGGCAGCGAGGGGCGGCUGGAGCGUGCCGGCGUGGACGUGUACCGCGGGUCGGCGGCCUUUUCUGGGCCCAGGGCUCUGCAGAUCACGCCCACGACCGCCGGCCCUCGUAAAACGAUUGAAGGCGACCUCAUUUUCCUCAACACGGGCGAGCGUCCGGCUCGGCCGGGAUUGCCGGGGCUCGAAUCCGUGCCGCCAGCGCGUGUGCUGGACUCCACGUCCAUCAUGCAGUUGGGCGCUGUGCCGGCGCACCUCCUCGUCGUGGGCGGCGGGUAUGUUGGCAUCGAGUUUGCGCAGCUCUUCCGCCGUCUCGGUGCCGAGGUCACCGUCGUCCAGCAUGGGCCGCAGGUGCUGCCGCGCGAAGACAGCGAUGUCGCCGAGGCAUUGACGAAGAUUCUGCAGGACGAGGGCAUCACGGUCUUGCUGUCGGCCGAUGUGACCACCGUGGCCGCUUCGGGUGGCGAGGACACCCAAGACGAGCGCCCAAUUGCCGCCGAGAUUGCUGUUGCCGGACCGGACCACGUGCAAGUCAGCAAGAAGGAUGUCCGCGUGAGCCACAUCCUCUUGGCAGCCGGGCGCAAGCCCAACACGGAGGACCUUCGCCUCGACGUGGCCGGCGUCAAGACGAACGCUCGGGGCCACAUUGUGGUCGACGACAAGCUGGCCACCACCGCAUCCGGCAUCUACGCUCUGGGCGACGUGCACGGCGGACCGGCGUUCACGCACAUGUCAUACGAUGACUACCGCAUCCUGACAGCCAACCUGCUACCGCGCACCAGCAAGAUCCCCGGGCGUGGCGACAAGGACCCCCUUCUCACGACGGCCUCGUCCAAGUCGCGCAACUAUGUGCCGUACGUGGUGUACACAGACCCGCAGCUCGGCCACGUCGGCAUCCACGAGCGUGAUGUGACGGCUGCCAGCUUGAGCAGCAACGACUACAGCCAUGUCAAGACGGUGUCGAUGCCCAUGGCGUACGUGGCGCGGGCUCUGGAGACAGACGAGACGGGCGGUCUGAUGAAGGCGACGGUCAAUGUGGAGACGGGCGAGAUCCUGGGCUUCACGUGCUUGGGGAUUGAGGGCGGCGAGGUCAUGGCGAUGGUGCAGACGGCGAUGAUGGGCGGGCUGCGCUGGUGGGAUCUGGAGGAGGCUGUGUGGGCGCACCCGAGUCUGGCGGAGUCGCUGAACAACCUGUUUGGCCAGCUCAAAUAG